CUAGUUCCUCCAAGAAGCAAAGAUGGCUCUGCUCUGGGUGCUCUCCUGCUUGGCUCUCCUGGGUGCCGCCAGUGGUUGUGGUGUCCCUGCCAUCACUCCUUUAAUCAGUGGCUAUGCCCGGAUAGUCAAUGGGGAAGAUGCCGUGCCCGGUUCAUGGCCUUGGCAGGUCUCCCUGCAGGACAAGACCGGUUUCCAUUUCUGUGGCGGUUCUCUGAUCAAUGAAAAUUGGGUGGUCACUGCUGCCCACUGCAAUGUCAGGACAAGCCACUUGGUGGUGCUGGGCGCAUUUGACAAAAGUACUCGUGAGGAAGACUCUCAAGUCAUCAAGAUAGCCAAGGUCUUCAAAAACCCCAAGUAUAACAUGUUCACCAUACAAAAUGACAUCACGUUGCUCAAGUUGGCCACCCCGGCCCGGCUGACGGCUCGCGUGUCUCCUGUGUGUCUGCCAAAAGCCACCGAUGCUUUCCCUGGUGGGAUGACCUGCGUCACCAGUGGAUGGGGAUACCUGCAUCAUACGGACAAGGUCUCGCCCAACAAAUUGCAACAGGUGGCUCUUCCUCUGCUGACCAAUCAGGAGUGCAAGAAAUUCUGGGGCAACCGCAUCGUUGAUGUUAUGGUGUGUGCUGGGGCUGCAGGAGCAUCUUCUUGCAUGGGGGAUUCUGGCGGUCCGCUGGUUUGUCAGAAGAACGGGGCCUGGAAUCUGGUGGGGAUCGUCUCCUGGGGCAGCGGCACCUGCUCUCCCUCCAGCCCGGGAGUUUAUGCCCGGGUUACGGAGCUUCUGCCCUUCAUUGAAUCCACGCUUGCUAAUAACUAACACUCACCAGUGAUGGAACAGCA